UGGAAAAAAGUUAGGUUCUUUUCACGGACUUUAGGUUUUGCGCUAAUCUGUAUGUGGCUGGCAACUGUACUUCAGGGCUUAAUCGAAAUAGAUUUCAAAGUAUCUCGACUGAACGCAUUGGCGAUCUCUAUAGAUGUUUUGUGGAGCCUCGUUGAUCGUAUCCUCGCAUUUCCUCUAUUCUUUUUGUGUUGUGUGACGAUGUACGUAUUGUGUUGCAUGGUCGAAGAAUACCGUGACGAUAUUGAAAAGUGGAGAAAGGACGACGAAAACAAAGACAAAGGUGAAAGCGAAGCCACAACUAGUAAAGCCCGCUCAGGUAACGGCUCGAGUGAACACCAGACGAGCAGAGACAAAGACACCAACGGAAGCGAAAAGAAAAGCAAAGACAAAGCCACAAACGAAGCACUCGAAGGUGAGCAUUCAACGAUCGCAAACGAAAGCAAAAAUUGCGGUGAGAAUUCAGCGAGAAAACGGUUCCGAAAAAUAAAAGCUGCAAUUCGUACUGCUGGACUUUCGCUUGAAUCUUAUCUCAUGGUUCAUUUCAUGUUGCUGAUAUGCACGUUUUUCCUCGGGGUUUGCGCUUGUUUUGAACAAAUGGAAGUCAGAAUUGCUAAGGGGAGUGAGAAUUAUACCGUGCAAUUAUUCCAGGUAGGCUGGGCAUAAGGGGCCAUUCAACAAUACUUUAUCAGAUUUCCAUCACCACACCCUCUUCUCAUCCCCCCGUCGCGCGCCACUAAAUGUCCUCUACUAUCCCUACAUUAUCCCUACAAAUCCUAUAUAAUUCAGACUCUGCGGAGGAGAGUGAGAUGGUUCCAAAAUUGAAACAAGAGUUUGCGUUAGCAUUUCAUUAGCUGCGUGGCAGGCCCUCAGUUUUACGGGAGGUUUGAUUUGCAGCGGGCCCCUCAUAAAACUGAGGGCCUGCCACGCAGGGUAGUAUUUCAUCAAAUCUGUAUUAGGGUUAGUGUGGGGGGUUAGGAUUAGGGUUAUAGGUGUGGGGUGAGGAUAAGGUUCAGUAUUGUUGCAAGUGGCUGGUCGUUGAUUCUUAAUUUAACGUUUUAAUGAUCUUAAAAACUGGCGGCCAUCUUGAAAACCUACCCCCAGUCCACCCCCACGACCCUAUACUAAUCAAAAUUCGUUUGUUCUGGAGCACCAACCAAUAUGGCGCUUGUGACGUCAGAUGCAAACGCUCUAUGGAGCUCAGUGAACACAACCUACUGUUCCUUUUCAGGUACCACACUACGCGAGAUAUAUAAACUUUAAUGGAAAACUCUCAUUCGACACUGACUACACGAUCGAUGCACCGUCAACACAGUCUGCAGGUAUGUUGACAGCAAACAAAACAACAUCGUUCACCCAAACUCAUGGCAAAGAUGCAGGAAAUGGCACGAACAACACCGGGGAAAACACGAACAGUGACGAUAUACAAACCAAAUGGGUGAAACAGAAUGUGAAAAUUGUCGCGAUUUGCUCGCUAGUGAAGACACUGGAAUCAUUGUUACUUUAUUUUCUACCAAUAAGCUUAAUGGUUCGGCUUGAAAAUCGUUUACGACGGGUGUACGAGGUGAUUGAAGAUUGCGAUGUGGAAGAGCAAAAGAACAAAAAGCUCCUUUUUGAUGACGUAGAGGUUAUCCGGCGCAUGUGUAAGUACGUAAAAACUGCGCAUGGUUUGAAGAUUUUUGGACACACUGUUCCAGCGUUUCAAGCUUUUAUUCUGGCAGCGUUUGGUCCAUUUAUUGCUGUGGUCACACAGCUAUUGUUGGCGCAUAUUCACAUGAAAGAAUAGUUAAAACAUGGACGGGAUUUAACUGCAUUUUCAUGUAUAGUCACAUUUUUUUAAUGUUUAAUUUAACAAGUAUAUCCACGUAUUGUAUAUAUUUUUAAUAUUUUAUCAUAUUAAGAGGAGAUUUUUUUGUAUGUCACGUAACAUGCGCUCAAAACUAAUGCGCGUACAAUAUAUCACUUAAGGUUAUGACUAAAUUCAAAAUUUUUAUUUUUCGAUACGUUUCUCAAACGGCAAACUAACUUAAAAGUAUGUUUAGUGCUUUAUCUGUAAAAUAAUGCUAAAAUGAAGAGACUUUAGAUGGUGCGCCAAAGAGAAAAUGAUGUCUGAAGUUCAGUAAGUUUUGCUUAUAUGGCUGUAAAUAUCAUUGGCGUCAAUUUCAAAGCAUCAUUAACAAUUGUAUUGUAAUUGACAAUUUUUGACUAUUAUUUUAUGUUUCCCAACCGGCAGAUGCAUUUAAAAAGGUUACUAAUUCUAUAAACUGGAGAAUAAAGCUAAAACAAAGUAAUUUUGAGAGGAACGCUAAAAAGAUUUUAGGUUUUGAACACUUUUCAUUGCAAAUAUGUGACAUUGAAAAAAAUUGCCUCUUAACAAGUAUAUCCACGUAUUGUAUAUUUUUAAUAUUUUAUCAUAUUAAACCUUCACCAUAUUACAGGACCCCAGUUGACAGAUUACUGAUUAGGCUUCCUCUUUAAAUACCACAUAAUAAUUAGUUUUUAUGAUUCAAAUUGCGCUUAAUUACUAGGAUGUUUAAUUAAUAGACUCGCGUUUAUAACUCAAGUUUAUCAAACGGAAUUAAUCCAAACUUCGCGCGUGUUAGAUUUCGCAAAAUUCAAACAAUUUAAAAUAUAUGCAUGUUCAAUGAUCGUAAUCAUUAUAGUAUUAUUAAUAUAGUAUAAUAUAAAUGUAAUUAAAUCUAUUCACAACGUAUGUAGAGAGUUGUUUGCUAUUUUUGUGUUUCACUAAUUUGGUCCAAUACAGAUAGAGGGAACUGCAGAGCGCAGGUUUCCCGGCCAGGCUCAGUCCCCCACAUGAAAAAUGGUAACGUUCUGGGUUUUCUAUACUUUGGAUGUGUAGGGACAGGACGCGAUUGGGCAAAUUGGGCUUUCCUUUUUCAAGAGUAAAAAUCUAUCCAGAAGCAGAGGCCUACCUUUUUUAUUGUUUCUAUAAUUUGUUUAAUGUUCUAAGGAAUUUAGUCUUCGAUACCUAACUUCUAACCAGAGGUACUGACGAUAUUGAACAUAGCCAAUCUGGGUACUGCAACUAUUCCGUUAAUAAUAUUAUAUAUUCUAUCUAAAUGACUCAUUCAUCAAUACGAACGUCAUCUUAAGCUGGGGUUCUAAGACAUGGUGACAUCCCUAGAGCUACGCCCAUUUUUAUCGGAAAUCUCACGGCGAAAAAAACACCUGGGUUUGCUGUUUAUCUGAAGUUUGGAAAGAGCUCGUACCGACAAUCAUAGACCAAUUCAUUGGGACAAUAAUGCAUCAAACAGUUUGCGAUGUCGUUUCGCUAACGGCAGUUUUAAGGCCCACACCCCCCCCCCUCCCCCACUCAAUGUUGUGUACUGCGGAACGAUGACGAGGUAGGCGGGGUUUUUUAUAUGAACGCUAACUUUGUCCCAAAGAAAUUAUUCCACGAUUGCAGUUGUGACCUACCCAGUUUUGUACUACCUAUAUAAAGUACAACCUGUUUGUUUCAAAGUUGAUACAAUAUAAAUAUUUAACGAAUGUUUAUGCCAUAUCUGUUCUGCCAUAAUUCACAUAGAAUUUCAUUCUUAUGCACGAGAGCAUUUAUAAAAAUUGUUAACAAAAGGAACCGUACCUCUAGAAAAUUGCAACAAUUAAGAAACAGAAACCCAGGUAUUUUUUUGCCUUGUUCAGUUGUUGGUUCAUUUGUUUGCCCUGCAUGGCAACUUCACACGACGAUAGAUGUUGCGUUAAUGUUCCGACUUUUUAGGAAUAAAAAUAGGUUUAACAUUCUCAGGUUUAUGUUUAGCGUAAGGCGAGGCAGGUGAGCCGACGAUGAGGACGUGAUUGCCUUUGAGCCAUAAUCGCCACAUGCUUUUAUGAAACCCUCGUACAUCUAAAUCCCAUAUAUGCAAGCAGCGUGCUAUAUUAUUCCACGUGGUCCAAUCACUGGGGUGUUUCAUUUCGAUGUAGAAAACGUACGUCUUACCCGUCGUAUCUGGAAUGAAGUCUUUUUCAUUUUUGCAAGGGUCUUUACUGUGGUCUAAUUGUUCUGCGAUGCUAGAA